AUGUGUCCCCGUAACAUGAUUCAAAAAACAAGAUUCAAAUACUACGAAGACUAUGUAAGUUGAGAUUCUUCAUGUUAAUGGCUAGCAUUCACAGUGCUCUUUCCAUAUAGCUGAUUGAGCGCAAACGAACGAGAAAAUGUAAGCAUUCUCAAGCUGAAGGGGAGCACUCCAGCAAAUGGAAUGCUUCACUGAUCAUGAUUAAACCCAUUUUUAUUUCACAGUAAGUUCGAACAUUAGUGGUUCAAACCUCUGACAGCAUCACGAUCCAAACAGCAAUUACUGGCCAUCAACUCUCUCUGGUUAAUCCUGUGAAAUUAUGUCUUUAAAACAAGUAAAUGUUUGUUGGUCGGUAGAGAUCUAGUUGCGUAAAAAUUAACAUGAUUCUAUGUCUUUCCAGAAUGCAUCUUGCGAUAGCAUUUGUCCAGAAGGUGGUGAGUUCCUUAAACCUUUUGUCUUUAUUCUAUAGUGCUACUUUGUUUAAAUUUCCCUCUUAACAAUCCUUAAAAGCAUCGACUAGCUUCAGAUAUUGCUUUCCGUGCAAGUGAUUUACAUGGCCAGUUAGUGGCUUAACAUCGUUAAUAACUUUACAUUUUGGACUUACUGAUAGAAGUGGGCCUUAAUCCAAACUAACGAGGAGCGUAUCAAAAAUUAAUCAUUAUAAAUGUAACCAGUUUCAUGUAUACUUAAAUUGCUAUUACCAUGUCCAACAACUCAAAACCACUACCAUUUACGAUUAAAAAUAUAAUCGUAAAAAUUACAAUUUCUUCGAUUGUGAUUUGUUUAAAAAACUACUAUUUUCUUUAUAACGUAUCAUCAUCAUCCUACCAUUUUACCUUACUCUUACUCCAUUUAUGGUUUUUUUUUCCUUUACUACUAAAAAUGUCACAGUAAGUCAGGAAUCACGUCCUGUCUUUUUAUUCUCCCUUAAGACGUUAAAAGUUCCCACAAACCAAAGCGAACCUUUCCAGAUGGUUCCCUGACAAAUGGAAACUUUGCCUAUCAUUUUUUCUUCAUUGAUAAUUACGAAAGUCUUCUUACAUAAUUUUUUUUUCUUUUUACCCGGUUUGAUUUUAGACGCCAAUUUGACAGAUUUCCAGCUUACUUUUUCAAGCAAGGCCGUGACAAAUUACGUGAGCCUGGAUGUUCAAAGUUGUGCAGAACCGCUGACGGCUUUCACUGUGUGCUUGUGGUCGAAAAAUGUCAACAUUUCGUAUGGUGGAUGCCUUUUCAGCUACUCGCUAACAGAAGAAUCCAACGAAAUUUUAAUCUGCGACUACGUUGACCAAUUCAUUUUUGGUGUUAAAGGAGACAUAAGGUAAGAGAUACGGACUCAGGUUUUUUUUAGCAACAUGAAUAAAAUUCCCUUUCAUUUGAUAACACUUGUAUCAGAUCAUUAUACGAAUGGCAAGAGUGGGAUAUGUGCUCCCUACCCCCCUCCCUCUAAAAAAAGAAUUUCCAAUCUCCUCCAGUCUCCCAGGCGAUGGAUAACAAAUGGUCCCUAAACUGAUUUAUAGCGUUGAUGAUGUGCAGAACCGCUGUCUUUUUACAUUGCGUGCCCGCGGUCAAAAAAGGAAAAGUGUUAACAUUUCGGAUUUGCGAAAGUUUCAUGUUUUUUGCUAAAGCCGAUGGGAGGUUAAUGAUACGGAAUCAAUUCAUUUGUUUGUAAUUGACAAUGAAUUACCUUUAAAAACACUUGUAUCAGAUCUGUCUACAGGAGCCUUUGGUAACAUGAGCACGCAAAAACUAGGAACUAAGGUCGCUCCAUCAGAGUCUAUCUUGGUUUCCAAAGUGCGAAGCGACUAUGAGCAAUACUACCCGUUCUAAAUGGAGUACUUAUCUACAGAAAGUAAUCCUCAACCCUCUUACGCAACGCAUUCGCCCGAAUCGCCCCUGAUAUGCAUCCCCACAAUCACCCCACCCACUCCUCCCUCAAACAUGUCAUAAAUUUUUCGUGCAGUUUCCCAGUAAUUAUUUAAACUCCCAGAUGAAGAGAAGCAUGGAAAGAGUAUAGAAUCUUGCCCAACAACAAUGCAAGAGUUACUGUGUCUCCCACAAAGCUAAGGAAUAAAUCAGCUUAGUGUGAUCAAGUAUUUACAGAUACUUAUGUCUAAAUAAUUAUUAAUAAGCUUAUCCUCUUCUAGUGAUAUAGAUGUGCCGCAUAGUGCAAACGUAUUCCUACACAUAUGCGCCUCUUGGGAGAACGCCGCUGGAUCGUGGAAAUUUUAUUUGAACGGCUCACUUCUACAAAGUGGCAGCGAUUUUCUGACAGAUGAAGUGAUCCCCAGUAAUGGCAUUGUUAUUCUAGGUCAGGAUCAAGAUGACUAUGGUGGAGGAUUUGAGCAGGAACAAAGCUUCGUUGGUCAAAUGCACAGGGUGAAUAUGUGGAAGAGAGCUCUGACGGCUGAGGAAAUUUAUGAAUUGUCGAAAAAUUGUUCUUAUGGAGUCGGCAAUUUCAUGAGCUGA